GAGCGGGUCCGCCGCCGCCGGGAAGCCAGCCUCACUUUCUAGGCGUGAGGGGAGACGAUAGCCAGCCGGGGGCUGCGAGCGGUGCCACGGACAGACCUCUUGGCUCCCAGAUGGCCAAUUCCCUCAACGGGCGGAACCCGCGCAAGGGACGGAUCCUGGGCUUCAUCGAUGCCAUUCACGAUGCUGUGGGUCCCCCCAAGCAGGCAGCUGCCGACCGGAGAACUGUGGAGAAGACCUGGAAGCUUAUGGAUAAAGUGGUAAGGUUGUGCCAAAACCCAAAGCUUCAACUUAAAAACAGCCCACCUUACAUACUUGACAUUUUACCUGACACUUAUCAACAUUUGCGACUUAUACUAAGCAAAUAUGAUGACAACCAGAAACUUGCACAACUCAGUGAGAAUGAGUAUUUUAAAAUCUACAUUGACAGUCUCAUGAAAAAAUCAAAACGGGCUAUAAGACUCUUCAAAGAAGGAAAGGAAAGAAUGUAUGAGGAGCAGUCACAGGACAGGAGAAACCUAACAAAGCUGUCCCUCAUCUUCAGCCACAUGCUAGCAGAAAUCAAAGCUAUUUUUCCAAAUGGUCAAUUCCAGGGUGAUAACUUCCGUAUCACCAAAGCCGAUGCUGCAGAUUUCUGGAGAAAAUUCUUUGGAGAUAAAACUAUAGUGCCAUGGAAAGUAUUUAGGCAGUGCCUUCAUGAAGUUCAUCAGAUAAGCUCCGGUUUGGAAGCAAUGGCUCUUAAAUCUACUAUUGACUUGACCUGCAAUGACUACAUUUCAAUUUUUGAAUUUGAUAUCUUCACUAGGUUGUUUCAGCCGUGGGGUUCCAUCUUAAGGAAUUGGAACUUCUUAGCUGUGACACAUCCUGGAUAUAUGGCAUUUCUGACGUAUGAUGAAGUGAAAGCAAGGUUGCAAAAAUACAGCACUAAGCCUGGGAGCUACAUUUUCAGAUUGAGUUGCACUCGGUUGGGACAGUGGGCCAUUGGAUAUGUUACUGGUGAUGGGAACAUUUUGCAGACCAUUCCUCACAAUAAGCCUCUAUUUCAAGCUUUGAUUGAUGGCAGCCGGGAAGGAUUCUAUCUGUUCCCAGAUGGACGAAGUUAUAAUCCUGAUUUAACAGGAUUGUGUGAACCCACACCACAUGAUCACAUAAAAGUCACACAGGAGCAGUACGAAUUGUACUGUGAAAUGGGUUCCACCUUUCAACUGUGUAAAAUCUGUGCUGAGAAUGAUAAGGAUGUGAAGAUAGAGCCUUGUGGACAUCUCAUGUGCACUUCUUGUCUUACAGCAUGGCAGGAAUCUGAUGGCCAAGGCUGUCCAUUCUGCCGCUGUGAAAUCAAAGGAACUGAACCAAUCAUUGUGGAUCCCUUUGACCCACGGGAUGAAAACUCCAGGUGCUGCAGUAUUAUGGAUAGCUUUAGUAUGCCAAUAUUGGAUUUGGAUGAUGAUGAUGAUAGAGAAGAGUCUUUAAUGAUGAAUCGCUUGGCUUCAGUCCGAAAGUGCAAUGAGAGGCAGAAUUCCCCAGUGACUUCUCCGGGAUCUUCCCCACUUGCACAAAGAAGAAAACCACUUCCAGACCCCUUGCAGAUCCCACAUCUUAGUCUUCCACCUGUACCUCCUCGUCUGGAUCUUAUUCAGAAGGGUGUAGCACGGUCACCAUGUGCCAGCCCAACUGGAUCACCUAAGUCUUCUCCUUGUAUGGUGAGGAAACAAGACAAGCCUUUGCCAGCACCACCACCUCCCUUACGUGAUCCUCCACCACCCCCACCAGAGAGACCCCCUCCAAUCCCACCAGACAACAGGAUAAGCAGACACCUGCAUCAUCCAGAAAGCGUGCCUUCCAGAGACCAACCAAUGCCCCUUGAGGGCUGGUGUCCCAGAGAUGUUUUUGGGGCAAAUCAGUUGGUAGGAUGUCGAAUAGGGAGUGAUGCUUCUCCCAAACCGGGACUGACUGCAAUUUCAAACCUAAAUGGAAGGCACAACCGCAUAAGUUCUGAUCCAGGAUUUGUGAGGAAACACAGACGUCAUGAGCUGCCUGCAGAUGGUGCCAAGGUCUUUUCAAAUGGUCAUCUGAUGAAUGAAGAAUACGAUGUCCCUCCACGGCUUUCACCCCCUCUUCCAGCUGCUUCCAUCAUCCCUAGUAUAAAAUGUCCUGUUGCUUCAGCAAAUUCUCUGUCUGAUAAAUCAAGGGAUCACGCAGAUGAUGAUGAAUACAAAGUUCCUUCUUCACACCCUGUAAUACUGAGCUCACAACCACCUCAUAGUCAUAAUUUAAAACCUCUUGCUCGGGUGUGUGAGAAUGGUCAAUGUGCUGGAGUAACAAAUGGGACACACAGUAGUGCUUCCGAGAUGAAGAAAUCAAAACAUCCAGAGUUAGGGGAUGCCUGUGAUGCACCUACUGUUCCAGUACCUUUGCCACCUGCACGACCUCCUACCAGAGACAACCCAAAGCACAGCUCUUCACUCAACAGGACACCCUCUGAUUAUGAUCUUCUGGUGCCCCCUUUAGGUGAAGAUGCACUUGAUAAUUCACCCCCUUCACUACCACCUCCACCACCACCACCACCUGCUCGGCACAGCAUGAUAGAGCACACAAAACCUGCUGGCUCAGGAAGCCGACCUUCUUCAGGACAUGAACUGUUCCUUCAUUCUGAUCCUCAUUUUGAUCCAGUAACUGGUCAUGUUCCCUUGCCACCUGCUCGCAGAGUAGCUGGAGAAAAUGUUAAAGCAAACAGGACAUCUCAAGACUAUGAUCAACUUCCUCCCUCUUCAGAUGGUUCACAAGCACCAGCCAGGCCCCCUAAACCACUUCCUCGGAGGACUGCACCAGAAAUACACCACAGGAAAGCUUACAGCUCUGACAGUUCCACGGAAAAUGUGGAUGCUAAAAUUGCAAAACUUAUGGGAGAGGGCUAUUCCUUUGAAGAAGUCAAGAGGGCACUUGAAAUUGCCCAGAAUAACGUUGACGUGGCCCGUAGUAUUUUGAGAGAGUUUGUCUGUUUUCCUCCACCAGUCUCCCCACGUCUCAACCUAUAGCAGCAUCAAGAUAUUCUUGGAGCUUGUGAAUUCUACCUAGAAAAGUGUGGACUGGGGAGUGAGAGAAAGAAGAGAAUGGGAUAUUUUUUUUUCAUCCUUAGGAGAAGGGUGUUUGUUUCCAGCCGUUUAUCAAAGGCUCAUGGCUGCUCUGAUCAAGACUUACAGAUAUGCUGAGGCUUAUGUAUUUUUGCUAGCCAUACUUUUUUAAAUCAGGGUUGAACUGACAAGAUAUUUAAAGAAGUUUACUUCCCUAGAACUUUUAAUCUGUGAAAUGCUUUUUCUUGUUUACAAGUUGGCAAGUUACAGUUUUCUAGUUGACACCUCUACUAUGUUCCUGUUCAUAUUCCUUCCUACUUGUGGUCAGUUCUGCUGUAGCAUUCCCAACAGUUUCCAUGCUGACCACCCCAUCAACUAGAUCAUCACUUCCCAGAAGUCCUACGUUUGUUUUGGUUUGUUGUUUUGGUUUGUUUUGUUUUCUCUUACAAGAUGCUUUAAUUGUGUUUUUUUGCAUUUUAGCUCAUCAAAUGCAAAAAGUAUGUGGCCUUCACUACUGAUUUUUUUUUCUUUUGAGGUUCCUUUGCUUUUGAGAGGAAAUAUCUGAAUGUAAAAUGUAUUAUUCUGUCUAUGAACUGCCUUUUUAAAGGUAUUUUUGACAGUAAUGUUGGACAGCUUUCUGUUUAACAUUAAUUCCAUGACCUGUAGUUCUCAAGGUCUUUUAUACACAGUUUCCACAAAAAAAUCCCAACCAACAAAUAAAACACUUCGUGCAGCAGUGAUACUGAGUUCUGACAUGUAAAAGGUCUUUCAAAUUUGAGUAAUUGCAAAUAUUCAAAAAUGUAAAAUGCUUAUAAUAAGACCAUGUUCUGAUUAUACACACAUGACACUGGUGG